CUGUUCAGCUGAAGGGAGCAGAAUCGGGUCAUAAUUCUCUGAAGGUUUACCAUUAUGAGCAACCCUUUUCACACUGAAAACAAUAUGAAAACGGUUUCUUGGAAAAGGGAUCAAAAUUGUAUUGUAAUAGAAUUUUCAAACUUGUGUUUUCAAACAACUUCACUAUAUUUCAGAUCCAAAUACAAAAAUACAGUGUUUGUUAAACCACAGUACUGAAAUGUACAAACCACCACUGAUGCCAGUACCAGUAUUUGUGCACUGACCAACUAAAUACAGUUCACUUCCUGAGUGAAAUCUUAUCUGUGUAAAUAAAACACAUGUGCAUGCGAGUAUCAAAUCAACGUGUUAUGUCAUGAUAAAGUCAUGCUACAAGAUAGAUUGUUUGUUCUAAAUUAUGAAUAGGUUUUUGUUCCUGCAUUUGCUUGAUCGUGCCUUCACUAACCUUGGAAAUACCAGUAGUCCAUCUCUGUCUCAUUUCCUUCCUGUAUUUAACUUUGUCCGGAGGGGUGUAGCUUCCUGAGUAGGUAGCAGUAGGCUCUAAAGUCUCCACAAUUUCACCCAGGCAACAUUACAAGAAGAUAUACUGCACAACAUCAUGACCAUGUUUGUGCCAGUGAAGGUAUUGACAGUGACUAUUUGGAUGUCAGUCAUUAUUUUACUGUCUGUUAAGACAGGAUUUUGCGCAAAGCAAACUGGCAUCUGUAGGUCCUAUUGUACUGAAAGUGACUGCAUAACUUUAAACCAAGACAGAGUGAACUUUGAAACAGCCGAGGAAGCGUGCCAUGACAGGAACGGAGAACUACUGACAUUUCAGCCUGAGACAUAUGAGAACAUCCCAAACAUUUUGAGGAAAGAAUUGAAAGGGGACUUCUGGAUUGGACUGCGUUUACCAGCUGGCGCCUGCAGUAGCCUUUCCACUCCACUGAGAGGUUAUGAGUGGACCUCUGGUAGUAAGGGUUUUUUUCCAUCCUCCAGCACGUGGAAAGAAAGUGUGGAAGUCUGCUCUCCACGCUGUGUGUCUACUACAGAUGAUCAAAAGUGGACAGAGAGACUGUGCUCAGACAAAACCGAUGGGUAUCUGUGCAGAACAAAAAACAAAGAUGCAUGUCACACACAAGACUUAUCAGAUCCAAAUGUUUUCCAAAGCUCUAAAGGCUGUUCAGCUGGCCCUUGUGAGCACACAUGCACAGAUGCAAAAGGAGGUUAUAAAUGCUCUUGUUUCGAAGGAUACAUCCCAGACAGCAAGAAUCCCAGGCAGUGCAAAUUACACUGUGCACAAGAGAGAUGCCCUGCCGUAUGUGGUAGGAACAUCGAUGACGGAUGCUUGUGUCCUGAUGGCUUUAUAAUAUCUGAUCAAUUCUGUGAGGAUUUAGAUGAGUGUUCGAUGGAUGGAUGUGAUCACGAGUGUAAAAACACCAUUGGAAGUUAUGUAUGCUCCUGCAAAGAAGGGUUUGUUCUUCAAGAGAAUGGCAAAUGCAUCAAGGCGGGUAUUUUUAAACCAGCCACAAAUAAUAACACACUGAAGGGUUCCUCUGCUCCUGCUGGUGGUUUUCUCUGGAUAUGGAUUUUCAUUGCUGUGGCUGUGGUUGUGAUUAUAUUUGUGAUAAGGUUUUAUGUUGUUAAACGUAACAGAAGCAGAGAACAAAACACCAAUCAACAGUCUACUGUUCCUGUGGACAAUGAGUGUUAACAGUAACUUAGUUGGUUCCUUAAGUUUUUAUAGUAUAAGACCUGAGAACUCUUGUAUCAGGCUACAUAUAUCACAUGGGUGCAGUAGGUAACAUUUCUGAAUAAACCAGAGUCUUUGAAUUUUGAAUUUAGGAUUAGCAUUAUAAAAUAUUAAUAAAAUUAAUAUAGAGUUGAACUACAAAAGGAUUUUUAUAGUAUUGUGUAAAAGUAUUUCAAAUUUUAACUUACAGUAUACACUAUAUAGACAAAAGUAUUUGGACAGACCUCCUUAUUAUUGAUUUCAGUUUUGGUAUGAGGCUGUUUUUUUUUUUUUCAGGGGUUGGUCUGGGUCCCUUACCUCCACUGAAGGGAAAUCUU